CCCCGCUGAGUAAGUCUGGUGUCGAUUUUGACUUGGAUUUUAGCCGUUUCUUAUUAUUUAUGUAACCAAAUGGCCUCCAGUGGGCAAAGAGAGGCAUUGUCAUCCGGUUUAGACUAGGUUUGACUGUGGUUACUAUGAUAUAACUGCAGAUAAGGAAGUGGAUCAUUUAACCUAGCAAUUUCGGGAACGCAUAAAAGGUGCCGCCUACGAGGACCGAGUGGGUCACUAUGAUGAUAUAUUUUCUCACUUCAUUGCAGCUGCAGUGACUCAACAGAUCUUCAAACUAAUGUCAUCGGGGCUAUAGGUUCUGCAUUUUGAAUUCCACCCAUGUCGGGCAGCUUACCAGUCAGUGAAAAUGAACAGCCAACUGAAACCAGCUCACUGAAUCCAGGUCGCUUGGAGGGUGCAACAGCCACCCGUGGGACAGAUCAACAAGCCAAUGCAAAUAUCAACACAGAUGACCUUAUUUUUGAUCUGCAACUAGUAGUGGAUAGUUUUAUGGAGUGUAAAAAAGAUGAUGGUCAGCUCCACAUGGAUGGAUAUCUUAGAGCUUAUUCGGAGAUUAACAAGUUCUUCCAGAUAUUGGGUUCAGUAUUCAAUUUUGUAGCCCAUGAUGUUCAAAAAAAGAUAACCAUUCUUCAGUGUUAUCGUAAGGGAGGUGCAGGAGACUUUUAUUACUCCAUUCAGUCUAUGAUUGAAUAUGAGCAAGAGAAUAAUCUCAUCAAUAACAAAGACCGUCAGUCUGGUUCAAGAACAUUGUUACGUCUCCAUAGAGCUUUAGAAUUCAUUAUUGGAUUCCUUUCGGAACUUCACAAAGCUUCUGAUGAUAGUGGUUUAGGAAGUGUAACGUCUGAGGUUUAUGGUCGUACCCUUGCUAAAUUCCACGGUUGGGUGCUUGCAAAAACUGUAGGUGCAGUUUUACUUAUGAUGCCUACUAAGCAGACCAUUGUUGACAGGGUAACGCAAGGAAGCAAACAGAUAACAGGUGGGGAUGCUGCUAUUCGUGCAAGAAAUGAAUCUCUUAUGCCUCGAGCUAUUGAAGUCAUGACGUCAGUGUACAACUUGACACAGAAAUUAUAUGAAGACUAUGAGAUUCUGGAUCUUCCUUGAAUUGGAAUUAUGUUUUCUCACUUCAAGAGAUGGAAAUUGAAAGAUGGUAGACUUAUGGGAGUGCAUAUUAUUGAAAGGUUGUGGAGCAUUAUUUGAAAUUAACUUAAAAUUAUGUAAAACGUGGUAUUUUUAUAAUCAAGUAAGAUUCAAUAACUUGCUUGGACUUUUUGAUAAACGGUAUGUAAUUUCUCAACAUAUCAAAAUGGUUAUAUAUGUCAUUGUUGUUUAUAUAGCCAAACUAGGCUUGGGAAUGUAUUAUUGAAAAAAAUAUAAGGAGCUUUUAACAUUCGGUGUGAUACCAGGAUUAACUCUCUUACAGUUCUACCCUGAAGAUUGUAAAAAUUUAUCCAGUUAUUCAAUCAAUCAAAACGUUUAUAACAAAAUUUUUAUUGCAUAGUGUAUAAAGCUUAUGGCUUACAACACAGUUUGCAACAGCUCAUAAUAUUGCUAAUGCUGUGGCUGCUGGAGUCUUUUAGCUGUAUUGAGUAUUUUGUUCUUCAUUUUUUUUUAUUCUCUGUAUUGCAUAUUUUGUUUCUUCUUUCUGAAAAGUGCUGUAUAGGCUUGCUGUUUUCAUCUUUGACUUAUUCACUGUCAUCCAUCACUUCCAAGUUGUUGAAUCUCAGUGCUAUACUAAAAGCCUUUUAUUUUUUAACUUUGGUUUUCUUAUGCAGUUAAUUCAUUUGCUUUGUAGUACACUGUACAAGUUUAUCAGUUCCAUGUUCACUGUGAUGAAAUGUCAUUCCAUUGAGUAUAUGUAAGGUAGUGGAAUGAAAUGAAUAUUGGAACUUUUUUUUGUAGUGAGAAUUGGUAAGUAUGAGUGGUUGAGGAAUUUUUUUUUUUUUGAGUCUCGAGUUAUUAAGGAUGAAGUUGAAAUCAUAGGCAAGAUAUUUUAUAUAUGGGUGUGAGAUACUUUUAUUCACAAAAGUGAAAUCAGUCUUUUUUGACGAAAAGUAGAUACUAUAUAAUUAAUUUCUCAGUGAACUCAUCAUUCAAGGGGCCAUUUUUUCCUGUAGGAAUAUCUUAUGUUGAGGUACAGUACUUGUAAGCAUAAAUUACCCAAGAUUCAGUCUAUCGUGUUCCUGGUCAAAUCUUGAUUUAUUUCUAUUGCAGUAUUUUUAUAUAGAUAAAAACUAGACAGGUGCUGUUGGAUGACACUUAGCAGGUAAGCUCAUGUUGCUUCCAUGAAGGUAGCAAUGAAUAAAGGUACUCCAAUAACUUGGAUGCUGAUAGAUCAACUAUGAUGGUACUCUUUACCAGGUUGUGUUAAAGUAAAAUUCAUGAUCAGCAUCAGAUACCUUGAAAAAAUAAAAGCUUAACUCGGUGUACAUAAGGACUCGGAUUCCACAAUGGAUUUCAAAAAUAUUUUACAAGUGAAUGUGAACCCCACUUCAUACUGCAACCUGUUACUGUGCAAAGUAGUAUAAAAAUACAAGCAGUGGGUCACCAAUUGAAAACCUGUUUACUCAAAGGCAUUUUUGUAAACAGUCAUUUGCUUAUAUUGUUAGUAGGGGGAUUAGAGACUUCUAAACAAGAUAUAAUUCAAUAACAGUCAUCCAAGUAGAACUUCACUCUGUGUAGGGAUUAUGCACACAUCAUCUGCCAAUCUACUGUACCUUUUACAUAGGUUCACAUUAUAUUGUUUACGCUGACAACUGUAAAUCUUUACCAGCACAGGGUUUGUAUCUAUCUAGUUGCAAAUUUAGUCUGUUCUCAUUUUCCAAAAGGGCUCUCAUUUAACAGCAAAGAUAUCUGUGAUGUGCUUACAUUUAUCACAGGACAUUUUAUCACUAAUAAUUACUUUAACAAUGCUCCAGAAGUGUUGCUGCAAGCCAGGACAACAACUGUGAUUAAAAUUCUUUUGUAAAAUAAGUAUUAGUUUCCUAAAUUAUAUGAAACUAUCUUAGAUGUUGAAAUAUGCUUGACCUAUGCUCAUUCUGCAUUGAAAAUGAGGAUGGUGACAAUUAAAAUUGGGUCACCUGACUGGAUCAGUCACAGGUGGAUCAGUCAGUCAUUCAUAUAGCUUAUUUCAUAGCAUAACUAAAACCUAGUAUUAUGAAUACAAGGCAUACCUCAUGGAAUGAUGAACCAAAUAACAAGAGCCUUAAACAGAUUAAAUUAAAUAGAAUUGUAGCAUUCAUAAUUUUCAGAGGGACUUCAUAUUGAAGUAAUUCAAGUUUGUGUUGGAAUAUUUCAUAUUCAUUGGACCAAUAAACAACUCACUUGACUAAAUCCCUGAAAACAGAGAAUGCAGAGUAAUCAUGAUGGUAGAACACAAGCCGAGUCGUCAGCCCUAAGGGAAGAUGUGGGCCAUAAAUCAAAAUAUAAGAUUUGUGUCAAGGAACACAGACGUGUGGCUUAAGAUGUAGGAUGAAGUUAAAUAAAACUGAGGCAAAGAAUGAAUACAUAGAGAUUUACUGAUUAGUUGUGUUUAGACAGAAGACAAUAUAUUAUAAAAAUGUUGUGUUGAAGCCCUCCUUAGGAUAAAUACUACUGAGAGUGGGAUGGUAAUGAAAGCCCUCUGGAUGGAUUGAGCAUUUAGUUUUUAGUUUCCUGCACCAGGUGACAUAGGAAGUGCACGCUUUGUUGGAGUUGCUUUGCAGUAAUUAGAUAUUUAUUUGGAAAGAAAAAGGCAGUGGUACUUGUAAGGUAGUAAGUGUUCCUCUAUUACUAUAUUGCUAAAGUGUAAUGGUUUUUCUUUAGUACUUGGAACAAAUCAUCGCUGAAAUAUAUGUACAGAAACCCUCAGUUAUAGAAGUUAAAGUUUCAUUUUGUGUAGCUGAUUUACUGUCCUUACAUAAAUGAUAUUCAGCUUGUAUACUAUAUAGAAUGUUUAUUUCUGAAGACAUACCGUUGCAGUUCAGUUUUUUAUUAUAGUAUAAAACUACUUUUGUAUCUGCAGAGAUAGUGGCUAUGCAAUAUAUUUUUAUUACAGAAAAUAAUCCUUGUUAACUGGAAUAGAAGAUGUAGCUUGGAAUACUAGCUGCAGUAAAUGUGGUAUACUGUAUACACUAUAGGUAUUAAAAAAAUUUAGUAGCAUAUCAGACAGUGGAGGAAAUUUGACUUUUGAGUUAUUGUCUUGGCAUUAAUCUUGUACUUCCAUUAAUAUUUUCUAGGCAUCAAUGAGAGAAAAUUAUUUUAACCCUCAAUGUGACCGAACUUCUACUUUUCAUCUGUUUAACAUCAGAGAUUGCAUAAUGGCCUUCCAUGAUCAUUGGAUUUGUGCCAUUAAAUGGUAACUAUUAAAACAGAAUUAGGAUUUUUAAGAAUUGGUAAGCAGUUAAUAUGUACUUGUGUUCAAACAUUUAGUGAUUUCCAAAGCAAAGUUUUGACCAAAGUAAGCUAAAAUGGGAAACUGAAACAUUUCAUUAAAGAUUUCAUUAAUUUAUGAAAUCUUGAGAGAAGUUUAUGACUGUUAGAUUAGCAUGGCCAACUUAAUGAGACUAUUAUGGGUCUGUCUUGUGAAAAGUCGUGUGAAGGUCCUAAUAAAACACCAAAAUAAUGAUAAUAGCACAAAUAAUGAUAAUGGUAAUGUUUUUUUGUUAUAAUUGGUAUGUAGUAGUAUUAGCUAAAUUCUUAUUAGUUUUUAGUUAUACUACAUAGUAAUUGGUAUGUAGUAUUAGCUUAAUUCUUAUUAAAGUGGUAUGGAUUGAAUUCAUUAUGUUCACUGUCUAAUCAUGAUCAUUGUUUUUAUUGCUUUUACUUUAUAUUUUUCCUUUGUGGAGUUUAUGUGAAAUGAGUUUUGUGUGUCUUGAGUAGUCUGCCUAUAUGUAUUCCUGCCUGGCCUAGGCCUUUGUUAAUGUCCUGUUUUGUUUGGUUUUGUAAAAAAAAAAUAUAAAAUAAAAUAGAGAAAUCGCUACCUCUUCUAUGUUGGAUUCAUAUUUGACCAAUAUCAAAGUUUUGGUUGACAAACUUUACAAGGUUUGUUUAGAGAAUAGAUCUUUUUCUUGAUGAAAGCAAGUCACUGCCUGUCAACUGAGUUUUGCAUAUCUGAAAUUUAAAUUACUGAUACAUAGAACUGUUAAAGUCUACUAAGGUGUUAAGAUAGACUGUACACCUUGAAAACAUAUUUAUUCAAAAGAUUCUUGGAGUAUUUAAGGGAUAGGGCUCUUCCAUUUAAAUUGUAUGGCAAUCCAAUAACUUUCCUUUGUGUAGCAUUUAAAUCUGCCAUGACUUUUCCUCAUACUGCGUAUAUGUAUGCACUUUCAUUUUUGUCAUACAAAAUUAAUUUAGUUGAGGGUUCCAGUAGAAGUGCUUACCCAUUUGAGUUAUUUGAUGUUUUCCAUUUUUCUUCCUUCAUUGCUGUUUUGGUUAUGAUUUUUCCUAUCUUGGUUUUUUAUCAGUUGCUAAUUUGGUAUUUGUGGACACACAUUAGGUGUCUAAAAUGCUGUUGGUUAUUUCUGAAGUUUAACUUAGAAUGUUGAAUUUAAAAGAAUUAAGAAGUUGUUUAUGGGAAAGGAUGUACAUUUUUAAGAAGACCUAGUUACCACAUUUUCUAAUGCCAUUUUGUUCCUGGUUGAAGAGGCUAUAUAUGAGGUUAGUUACACAUUACUAUUCUAGCUAUAAAAUAAAAAUUGGUGCCUUGUGGUUGUGUGAUGAACCUCGCUAAAUAUGUGCACUGAAUCAGGGUAGAAUUUUGAGCUUUUAAAAGUUCAGGAUGCCAUACUAUGUUAGUAAGAAAACUUUUGUGUUGGGGUUAUUUUAUUCCAUAUUUAAUUUUUUAAGAUAUAGUACAUACUAAUUAGAAGUUUAUCUAUAAAUAAUAGCCUAUGGAGAAAAGGAAGGUUAAAGAUUUGAAGAAAAUUAUCAUGGUCAUGCAAAAAACAGUUAACCCAUGAAGGUAAAUUUUUUAAAGAGGAGACUGUUGUGGUACAGUACUUCCAGGGUGAGUUUUAGUAAGUAUGAUGGUGAAUUUUUAAGAUUCCAUUAACAAGCUCAAUUUUAAUUUAAGUUUACACCAAGGCUUUAAGUUUGAGAACUGUAUUGGUAUAUAUUUACUGAAACUGCUAUUUUUAAGUAAUUUUUGUAAUGUGUAGAUUGCAAAUAUAAAAGGUUAAUUUUA